CGGCGCCCAACGGCGGCCAGCCCCACUCGGAGGAUGACAGCAGCGACGAGGAGCACUCGCACGGUCCCAUGCCCUGGAUGAGGCUUCUGCCUGGUAGCUCCCCUAAGCCUGGGGCCGCCAGCACAGGGAGUCUGCAGCCUGGGCCCUAGCGGUGCCCGCCGGUGCCAAGCCCUCAGCCCUGCGACUGCUCCCUGGACCAGAAGGGACUCCCAGGAGGCACCCUUCCCAGCUUCAUACUGGGCUCCUUAAAACGUGCUACUUUGCAGGGCCCUGAGGUCUUAGGAAGCAGGGGCUGCAAGAUUGUCCCCCCAGGGAGCUGGGAGGCUCAUGGAGGGGGGCGGAGCCUUGGGUGCCCUGAAGGGCUGUGGCCCAGGUCUGGGGGCAGCCCCCCACCCCCAGCCAGAACAAAGGGCUCUGCUUGGCCUGGGCUCUGACACUGUCACCUUACUCUGCACCCACCCCCCACUCUCGGCUCCUGUGGCCACAGGGGAAGGUUAGGAAAGAGUGAGCCCAGUGGAAGGUGGGAGUCCUGGGUGGUCAGGGAAGGGGGGCGCUGGGCCAACCACUUCCCCACCGGCUCCACAGACAGCAUGAUCCGUGUCGGAACCAAUUACCAGGCUGUGAUUCCGGAGUGCAAGCCCGAGAGCCCGGCUCGCUACAGCAACAAGGAGCUGAAGGGCAUGCUGGUGUGGUCUCCCAACCACUGUGUGUCAGAUGCCAAGCUUGACAAGUACAUCGCCAUGGCCAAGGAGAAGCACGGGUACAACAUAGAGCAGGCGCUGGGCAUGCUGCUGUGGCACAAGCAUGACGUGGAGAAGUCGCUGGCCGACCUGGCCAACUUCACCCCAUUUCCCGACGAGUGGACUGUGGAGGACAAGGUGCUGUUUGAACAGGCCUUUGGCUUCCACGGCAAAUGCUUCCAGAGGAUCCAGCAGAUGCUGCCUGACAAGCUGAUCCCCAGCCUGGUGAAGUAUUACUACUCCUGGAAGAAAACCCGAAGCCGGACCAGUGUCAUGGACAGGCAGGCCCGGCGACUGGGGGGCCGCAAAGACAAAGAAGACAGCGAUGAACCUGACGAGGCCCGGGGAGCAGUGGGUGAGGGAGAGCCAGAAGCUGGACACCUCAAGAGAGAGCCUCUGCCCUCUCGGCCGCUGAAUGCCCGCCCGGGCCCUGGGAAGAAGGAGGUCCAGGCUUCCCAGUACCGCCACCACCCCCUGCGGACACGGCGCCGCCCACCCAAGGGCAUGUACCUGAGUCCCGAGGGCCUCACUGCUGUGUCCGGCAGCCCGGACCUUGCCAACCUCACACUUCGUGGCCUGGAUGCCCAGCUCAUCUCCCUCAAGCGCCAGGUGCAGAGCAUGAAGCAGACCAACAGCAGCCUCCGCCAGGCCCUGGAGGGCGGCAUCGACCCCCUUCGCCCCCCUGAGGCUAACACCAAGUUCAACUCUCGCUGGACCACAGAUGAGCAGCUCCUGGCUGUGCAGGCCAUCCGUAGGUAUGGCAAGGACUUUGGGGCUAUUGCGGAGGUGAUUGGGAACAAGACGCUGACCCAGGUGAAGACCUUCUUUGUGAGCUACCGGCGCCGCUUCAAUCUCGAGGAGGUGCUGCAGGAAUGGGAGGCCGAGCAGGAUGGGGCCCCUGGUGCCCCGGGCCCCCUGGAGGAAGCUAGGAGAGGGGCUCCCUUGCCAGCCCCAGCCCUAGAGGAGGAGGAUGAGGUCCAGAUCACGUCUGUCUCCACAGCUGUGCCUCGAGGGGUGGCCCCUGCACCGCCCCCCCCACCGCCACCCACCUCCUUGUCCCAGCCACCCCCGCUGCUGAGGCCACCCUUGCCGACCGCACCCACCCUGCUUCGCCAGCCCCCCCCACUGCAGCAGGGCCGCUUCCUGCAGCCGCGGCUGGCCCCCAAUCAGCCACCGCCACCACUCAUCCGCCCUGCUCUGGCCGCCUCCCGCCACAGUGCCCGUUCAGGUCCCCAGCCCCCACCAGCCCUGAUCGGAACCCCCCUGGAGCCCCCAGCGCCCUCACUCUGAGCUCUGUUGCCGACCAGAGGCUCUGGACCCCUCUGCUGAACAUCCCCGGGAACCUCAGGGGACACCGAGGACAGAAGGGACGGACAAAGGGUCAUGGGCACCAGCGGUGGACUUUGUGGCACUGCUUGCGACCCCCGGCCUAAACCCGCCUCCCAGGCCAGGGCCUGGGCCUGGCCAAUGGCCCUGUGGGGCCGCUUUCUGCCCCACCGCGGCGGGGCCCCGGAUGGCUGCUGGGCUGGCUUUGGGCCCUGUCCUGUGUGCGGGUAGCUACCUUAGUGGGGCUGGGGUGGGGAGGUGUUGACUGCUCCCCUUCCUCUUUGCCUUCUUUGAGCAAUAAGUCUGGGGUGAGCUGGGAGGGGGGUAC